UUAGACAAUAAAUGAUGAAAGUAAAGUUUGCCAAAAGCUUGACUUAUAUCUUUUUUUUGCAAAUUGUUAUAGUAACAGAAACUAAAAAUUGUACACAUCGAACACCUCUUGGAAUGAGAAAUGGUUACAUAAAAGUCAAACAACUUACAGCUUCAUCACAUAAAGAUCAAUUUUUCAUUCCAAGUGUGGGAAGACUAAAUAAUAAACAGGGUUGGUGUCCAAAGAAUAUGGGAUUAUCAGAAUGGUAUCAAAUUAGUUUUGAAAAAAUCACAACUGUUAAUGGUAUUGCACUUCAAGGUAGUGAAACCGGGAAAAGCUUCAUAAAAAAGUUUUUUUUUAGUUAUUCUCUUACAGAAUAUGGUGAUUUUGUUAAUGGCCAGAUAUUUGAUGGUGUAGAUAUUGGCUAUGAUUUGGUGUACAGAUGGUUUUUAUAUCCUAUUAAUGUUUUACGUGUAAAAAUCUCUCCUUUCGAACUUGGACCAAGUAAUUUGGCUUGUCUUCGAAUUGAAUUAUUUGGUUGUUUAAAUAAUGCUUUAGAAGAAAUUGGAAUGGAAAGUCAAAUAAUUUCAGACUCACAGAUUUCAUUAAGUAAAAGUUCAAUAGGUGUAUCAGCACGUAUGAAUUAUGGGUCUUCUAGUUUUUAUUCCAAUUAUGACAUAGAUCAGUAUAUACAAAUUGAUUUGAUCCAUGUGAUGAGUAUUAGUGGUGUGGCAAUGAAAGGUUCUGUUAAAAGUUAUUUGGUUUAUCUUGGUUCAAAAGAAAAUUUAGAUAAAGAAUUAGUGGGUGAGUAUCCUGGUAACCCUGAUAUACCUGGCUACAAACCUGUAUUUUCGAAUCUAAAUACUUCAAAAGUUGGCAGUCAGAUUAAAAUUGUUAGAAAAGCUGUAUCUAAUAAUAAUGACUCUACCUACAUUGCUAUUGAAAUUUAUGGAAAACGUUUAAUAUGUGGUGAUGUACUUAUUCCAGUAUUUGCUGAAAUGUCUUCAGCAGUUAAAUUUACAAUAAUGGAUGCAUAUAUUGACAGCCCAUUCACAUGGUGUGCUUUAUCUAAUGAUAGUAAACCAUAUAUAAUAAUUGAGUUGAAUCAAGUUUUUGCAAUAUCAGGUAUUAAUGUCCAAGGUGAUUCUAACAGUGAUUUAUGGGUAACAGAAUAUCGAAUUUCAUAUGGUUUAGUUAAAUAUAAAAUGAAAGAUGAUGUGAAAGCAUACAUUGGAAGUAAAGGCCGAGUAUUUCCUUAUACUAUAAACUGGUUUCCAAGUUUGUACUUUGCAAAGUAUAUAAAAGUAAUGCCUAAAUUUUGGAUUAACAACUGUUGUAUGCGUAUUCAUGUUAGAGGGUGCACAAAUUCUUUGGAUGCUCCUAUUCAAAUAAAUAUAAGUGAAGAAAACAAAAAAUUGGUGUUGAGGUGGAGGAAACCAGAUAUUCCAAUUCCAAUUCUAAAAUACAAUAUAAGUUUACAAUCAUUCAAGCCAUACAACAGUUCUUUUUUAUUUUUGAAAUCCGAUGAGACAGUUAAUACAAGCAUGGCCAUUGAUGUGGAAUUUCAUGCAGCCAUCUUUAACAUAUCUGUAGAUAUUGUGUAUGACAAAGAUUAUUUUGUGAGAAAAAGUAUACAGUAUUAUUCCAAACCAAUUUCACCUCCAACACCAACUUAUAAAGUGUUAAAAUACUUUGAUAAUUACACUGAAGUGUUUGAAUGUCAGUUUUAUAGUGUAUCUGAUAUUAAUGGACCUGUCAGAUUUUAUGAGAUUAUUAUUGCAUAUGAGAACAUAUCUUCACAGAAUAUGGAAACAUUAACUUUAAAAGAUCAAUCCACUGCUGAAUCACUAAAUCUUCCCUAUUUUUUGGCUGCAAAAUUGCCAAACAACUUUAAUUUUAACUCUUUAAAAUUUUAUGAAGGUAAAGAAAGAGUGGAUAGUUUGAAUGCUAGUUUGUCUACUAUUAGAAAUUUGUUUCUUUAUAUUCGUGCUGUCAUUAACAUGAAGGAUAACACUUUUAGCAACUUAACGUAUUAUAGUAAUGCCAUUAUGUUUACUAUAAAUCGAAACACAUUACCUUUAAAUGUUUUAAAUUGGGGUAGAAAUAAUGAACAUAUCAUUGAGUUAAAGAAAGGACCUUCAAAUACAAUGGUUUAUGAAGUUGUUGCAAUGAAAGUUAACAUAAACACAGUUGUUAGAAAUGUCACAUCUAGUUAUAAACAUUUUAAAGUUUAUUCAACUGCAGAUUAUAAUGAACCUUACAUUGCUGCUUCAUUUAAUACUUCAAUGUAUGAAAAGUACAAAUAUUUUGUUUUAGGCAACAAUGAAACUUUUUCAGUUGAGAAGUUUGAAGGUUUUCAAGUUAGUAAUGAUCAAAACAAUACUUAUCAAUAUUUAAAUGGUAAACUGAUUGCUGGUCAAACAUAUACAUUGUUUCAAAGAAAUAUUCUAGAUAAUGGUCGUAUAUACACAAGUCCAUGGCUACCUGAGUUCAUUGCAUAUUCCAAUUUUACUCCUUUAACUGAAAAAUCAUCAACACGCUUAUAUCUUUUUGGAUUGAUUUUGAUACCUGUUUUAAUUGUCAGUUUGAUAGCAUUUUUAAAAAUGCGAAGAAAAUUAUGUAACGAUAACUUAAAGCAGUCUAGAGUAAUUCAUAAUACAAAUAAUGAAGAUACAAUGCAUGAAUAUCAGGAGAUAUCUUUGAAAAACGAUACAUCUUAUAUUACCUUACAAACUGUGCUGAAAUGGCCACCAGUGUCUGUUAAUGAAUUUGUUGCUUAUUACUUGAAUGUAAAAAAAAAUGAUUACAAAGAUCUUGUGACACAAUAUGAAAGUGUUUCUAAAAACAACAUAUAUCCACACACUGAAGCUACAAAAUAUCCACAUAAAAAUAGAUAUGCAAACAUUGUCCCAUACGAUCAUUCACUAGUCAAAUUGGUUCCAGAUUUCACUAAUUAUGAAAAUACUUAUAUAAAUGCAAAUUAUAUACCCUCCUACUCCAAAAAAGUAACUUACAUUGCAACCCAGGCUCCUAAGAAUGAAACUAUUGAUGACUUUUGGCGAAUGAUUUUUCAUGAAAAGCCUAAAGCUGUUAUUAUGCUUACUAAUCUGAUUGAAAAUGAUAAAAUAAAAUCUGCUCAAUAUUGGCCAGAAAGUGAUAAAGAGUAUUGCGGUCUUAAUGUUUGUAUUACAAAAACAGAAAACUUUGCUGAUUAUAUUAUUCGUUAUAUUUCUUUAAAUUUCAAAGAAGUGAAUCAUCAUUUUAUUCAUAUGCAGUUUACAUCUUGGCUUGAUAAUGGAUGUCCUGAGUAUCCAACAAUGUUACUAAACUUUUGCCAUCGAUUUCGAUGUUUAGUUCCAUAUUCAGAUAAAUCUCUUACUGUUGUGCACUGCAGUGGUGGAGUUGGUCGCACAGGUGUUUUCAUUUUACUUGAUGAAAUGUUGCAGUUAAUCAAAUCGGAACAAAAAGUUGAUAUUUUCAAUUAUUUUGACACUAUUCGUCAAAACAGAAUGCAAAUGGUUCAAUCAAAAGAGCAAUACAUAUUUGUUUAUGAUGCAAUUUAUGAAGCAGUAACAUGUGGUCAAACUUGUAUUUCAAUUUCUAAUUUCCAAACAAUUGUUAACAAUCUGCUUAAAAAAGACUUUUCCUCUGGAAAAAAACUCAUAGAAGAUGAAUUUAAAAUGCUUCAAAAUUUUUCUCUAGUUAAAGGCAGCAAUGAGAUGGCAAUAAAGGAUAAAAAUUUACAAAGAAAUAAAUGCCCUCAAAUUAUACCUGGAGGAAAUGUGCUGGUAGCAAGUGAACUUUACCCUAAUGCUGUUUUUGUUGACAGUUAUAAAAGAAAGAAAGCUUUUAUAGCAACCCAGUGUCCACUUCAAUCUACUGUCACAGAGUUUUGGUAUAUUCUAAAGAAACUCAAUGUUUCAACUAUUGUCUACCUUACCUCUCGACAUGAAAAAAAAAAAAAAUCACAUUAUAAAUUUUAUCCAUCAGAUAGUGAUUUGAAACUUAAUGGUGUCACUGUAAAGUUGCUAGCUGAGGAAAAGUUAGAAUUUGUAAUUAAAAGAAACUUGUCUGUGUCUGUUGAGAGUGAAACCAUCAUGUGCAUGCUUGAGUUUAGUUUUUGGACGGAUAAUUGUUUACCAAGUAAUGACCUAAUUUUACAGUUGAUUACUGAAGUAUCUAAAUCACAACAAUAUUUAAGAAAUGAUAUUAUUGCAGUUGUUUGCAACAACGUAUUAUAUCGUUCGGGUAUUUUUAUUUCAUGCUUUAAUGCAAUUGAGCAGUUGCAUAUCGAAGGACUAGUUGAUAUAUUUCAGGUGGUGCGACGAGCUCAGUUAUCACACCCUAGUUUUGUUCAGACUUUGCCUCAAUAUGAGUUUGUUUACAAGUUGAUAAAACAUUAUUUGGAAACAUUUUCCGAUUAUUCCAAUUUGACAUAAAAACGUCUUAAAUGUUUUUUAUACAAAAAGUAGUUGUUGCUUUUUUUUU